AAGAAUAUAGUGUUAGGAAACUCCAAUUCUUAUUGGAAAUUAUUGUGAAGUAAUUUUUAUUACCAAAAUGGGACUGAAAGGUUGUGAAAUUCAAUUGGAUAAUCCAUGGAAUACAUAUUAUGCUGGUCAAACUAUUAAUGGACAGGUUAAAUUAACUUUCGAUUCAACGAAAAAAGUACGAGGCAUCAUUAUAAGGUUCCUUGGUGAGGCCAAUACCGAAUGGUCAGAAACGAAAACUGUAACUACAAGUGAAGGAAAGACUGAACAGGAAACGGAAACAUUACGCGGUCAUGAAGAGUAUUUUCAAAUACAGUACUACCUUUUGGGUGGAAAAAAUAGUUCAGAAACUGAGCUUCCAGCUGGCACGCACACCUAUCCCUUCACAUGCGCCUUGCCACCUACACUACCCUCAUCGUUUGAGGGUGAAUUCGGCCAUGUGCGUUACACUGUUAAGGUAACAUUGGAUCGUCCAUGGAAAUUUGAUCAGGAUAUGAAAAUGGCUUUCACCGUUAUUUCGCCCGUCGAUCUUAAUGUAAAUCCACGUGUAAAGGAACCAUAUAAACUUGAGCUGGAGAAGAGCUUUUGUUGUUUCUGUUGUCGGUCGGGUCCAUUGUCGGUUGUUACCACUGUACCAGUGACUGGCUACGUUUCGGGUCAAACAAUACCAAUCACUUGCGAAUGCGACAAUGCCAGUAAUGUCGGUAUCACCUCGGUUAAGUUUAUUUUACGCAAACGCGUCACGUUCCAAGUGAAUCAACCUCGUGCGGAUAAGAAACAAAGCAAAAUUACAAUUGCUGAGCUGAGUAUUGGCCCAGUAGCCGGUGGGGAGACACGGACAUUUACGCAACAAUUAGAAAUACCAGCACUGCCACCAACAAAUUUGCUCAAUUGUGGUAUUAUUUCGUUGGAUUAUGAUUUGCAUAUUGAAUGUGAUGUGAGUGGUCCACAUCGGAAUUUAUCUGGUAAUAUACCCAUAAUAUUGGGUACAAUUCCCUUGGCAUCAUUCAAACCGCCAGCACCAUAUACAGAUGUGCCAGCGCAGUUGCCGUCACAACAAGAUCAAGAUCCUUCAUUGGCACCAACUCAACCAGUUAGUCCAGCAAGUCCACCAAGCGAUGGCGCAGGUGGUGCACUAGGAUGGAAUGUGGCAGACAGCGCUGGCGGUCAACUCUAUCCAAAUAUUCCGCCACCACAAUUUGUAGAGACACAGUUUCGCGCACCAAAAAUAACUGGUAAUGAAGAUUCCGAACAUACAACGGUUGUUGGUGAUGCAAAUUUUGCGCCACGCUAUCCAACUUUCCAAUUCAAUAAUGCGACUGCACCACCACAUCACUAAGAGAUAGAAAAUGCGCUUGUAUUGGCGCAUACACUAAUGAAGACAUCACAAUGAUUUAAAAAGAAAAAAGAAUACAAAUACUAUAUUCAAUUCUUUCGAUCUUUCUCUCAUGAUUUCGGCUAUUUAAUUGAACAAAAGAAAGCAUUUAUUAAUUCGCUUAUUCAAAAAUUGUUUGGUGACAGACAACGAUAUCUAACUACUCUUUCUCACUAGUCUGUAGGAAAGUGCUUUUGGCUUCCGUCCGCAGUGCUUGUCAAAUAAAGUUUAUUUUUUUUUAUUAUAUCAUUACUUAAAUCAAGUAAUAAAAUAAAGACGAGUGCCUAGAAAUAUGUAAAAAUUUUGCAAUGCAGCAGAUAUUAAUUUGAAAUGUAGUAAUUACAUUUAAGUCGAUUAAAGUGAAAUAUGAAUUUUUGUAACUUUUUGAUAUUACUCAAAAAAAAAAGAGCUAGUUGAGAUGUUUAAUAUCAUGCUUUAUGAACAAAUUUACGCACAUUUAUUAUUUAUAUAAGCUUUGAAGAAAGAAUCUCUGCUAUAACAAUGCACAAUUUUACGGUUUAGCGAACUUGUAAUUUGCUUAUAACAAAAAA